AAUCGAAAUGGCAGUGAAUAAUUUAAAUUCGAAAACUACAAACGGUACGGCAGUUUUCACAAUAAACCAACGGGCCAAUAGUGUUAUUAUGAAGAAAGCUGAAAGCUUAUUAGAGGCUGUGAAUAAAAGUAAAGUUAAAGUGACGAAAGUACAGAAGCCCGCGCUGCCGAGGCUGGAGGCCCUGCAGAGAGUCGCCACCAUACCGAUAGUGGAGUCCGGCAUAGUCGUCACUGAGAAGAUCUACUCCACGAUCAGAGAGUCCAACCCUCUAAUCCGCUGGUACCUGACCCUGGGGGAGAAGUCCCUGGCGACGGGGGUUCAGCUGGCGCUACCGGCGGUGCAGUUGCUGGAGUCGCCCAUCAACCAGCUCGACCGCUUCCUAUGCAAGUCCCUCGACAUUGUGGAGAAGAGGGUGCCAUCUAUAUACCUACCACCACAGGCUAUGUACUCGGAGACGCGUCAGUUUGUCCUCCGUCGCGCGGGCUCUGUGACGCAGCUGGGCUCCGCGGUGCUAGACUCGCGCGUCACCGCCGUCACCGCCACCGUGCUCGACCGCGCGCUCUCCACCGCCGACAAGUACGUCGACAGGAUCCUGCCGCCGGACCAGCAGGACGCCGCUGACGUGGUGAUCAUAGUGACGAGCGCGGACGCGGUGGACGGCGAGGCAGGGGAGGGAGGCAGGGCGCGCGCGGCGCAGGCGGUGCAGCACGGACAGCGGCUGAGGCGCAAGCUGCAGCGCCGACUGACGAGACAGGCGCUCGCCGAGGCCAAGGCCAUCAGGGAGCAGAUACACGUGCUCGUCUAUGUUGCUGAACUUAUAGCAACGGACCCGGUGCUCGCGUGGUCGAAGGCGAAGGAGCUGUACGCGAGCCUGAGCGCGCCGGAGCCGGAGAACCAGGCGCGGCCGACCACGGUGGAGGAGCUGGUGGUGCUGCUCGCCCGCGAGACCGCGCGCAAGCUCGUUCACCUCGUCAACUACACGCACACCGACCUGCCCUCAAAUGUACGUCAAGGGAUGUCGCUAGUAACGAGUCACUUGUCGUCGGCUGCUGAGUCAUUACUUAAGGCUCUCCCCGUGGACGCAGCGCUGUCCGAAGUCCGCGGUCUGCGCGACAAGAUCUGGGACCUGCUGCAGCAGCUGCAAGCUAACUCCAAAGUGUACCUGGAACACCUAGCGAUGUUUUUGGCGGGAAACGAGGAGCGGGAGAAAAUAACGCCUCGUUCAGUUUACGAGCAACGAGAUGAUCUUGCCACUAUUAACGGUGUUAACUAGACUUAUUUAAUAACUGUAAGUAAACCACAUGUCAAUAAAUAAAUUACAGAUUACCUCCAACUUAUAUUUUAUGGAUGAAAUGUUAGAACUCAGAAUGGACUGUAUAAUUUGGUAGAUUUUUUAAAAUAAAUAUACAAGUUACCUAAUUAUGUAAUGGAGGCACUUCACAUGGCUAUUUGUAUUUGCUAUUGGCUAUUUGUUGCAUUUGGCAAAAUUAAUGACGUAAGUAAUACACAAACAAGGCAAAUAUUAUGUCAAUACAUUCCACACAUGGACGUCAAAUUUAAUACCAAACUUUUAUUUGAUUUUGUUUACUUGCUUUGACUCCUUUAUACGUG